GUCUGUGAGAAGCUGUAGGAAGUGUGGAGAGCUCCCUGUAAAUUAAUUUCUACGUUCGUGGGUGCAUUUUUGUGUUUCCCACUGAAAUAUUCGUGCGCCCGGUGAGUUUUAUCGUAACAGUGUCUGGGGUUCUGGAGCGUACUUUAGAGCCCAGAGGAGAAGAUGUCUGCUGAGGAGACGGAUACAACAGCCACCACUGAUGCGAAUGCAGGGGACGAGGAGGAGGAAUGGCUUUACGGGGAUGAAGGUGAAAGCAAAGAAACUGAAGAAGAGGAGGCCAAACUUACAGCGGCCAUUAGUGGUGGUGGAGCCGCCUCUGCUCCUUCUGACAGCGAGGAGGUCCCCGCCAACAGCGUCACCACCCCGACCACCACUGGAAAUGGAGUGGACAGUCAGGAAACCAGCCAGACCCCUGAGGAAACACCUGGAGAUGACGAAGACAGUGAUAGUGACAGCGAUGACGAUGAUGAUGAUGUACGCGUCACAAUCGGAGAUAUCAAAACCGGAGCGCCACAGUACACGGCAUAUGCAGCUCCAGUGAAUCUGAAUAUAAAAACAGCUGGCAGAGCAUAUGGAGCAGUAGGUAGUAAGGUGAAAGGUGUCGACCUUGAUGCUCCGGGCAGCAUCAAUGGAGUUCCAGUCCAGGAAGUGGACAUGGAGUCCUUUGAGGAGAAACCAUGGAGAAAACCAGGUGCGGACUUGUCUGACUAUUUUAACUACGGUUUUAAUGAGGAAACAUGGAAAGCGUACUGUGAAAAGCAGAAGAGAUUACGGAUGGGCCUCGACGUUCCCAGCAUGGGGUCCACUACCAGCAAGAUCUCAGUUCAGCAGGGUCGCACAGGUAACACUGAGAAAGAGAUCACAAUACAGGCUCAUACGUCUAAAACCGACUUCUGCUCUCCGUCCACAAUGUAUAAAACAGGACUCAAUCAAUCCAGGAUAUCCCCUCCACAUUGGGCGGGGCCUGCUCCUCAAGAAAUGUCCUAUUAUUCGAAGCCGAGCGGGACCAUAGAUGUGAUCGGUGGACAGACUGCAACCAUUAGCAGAGUGGAAGGACGACGUCGCCACAAUCUGGAGGGUAAUAACAUCCAGGUGAUCUCUGACCACACGACCACAGAGGCAGAACCCACAGUGGUUAAGAUGCCUCCUCCUUUCUUUCCCCCUGGGCAUCCCCCCCCCAACAUGCCACCACCUCCAUUCCUCCCUCCUCCUGUUAGUCAGGCUCCGCCUCUAAUCCCGCCUCCACGGAUGCCAAUCACAGUUCCUCCACCCAAUUUCCCCCCUCCCACAGGUGGACCCCCACCAUCACUUAUUCCUACUUUGGACAACAGUGGACAUCCAGGAGGAUAUGACGGACGUCCUGUCCCUCACUUCCCAUUUCCUACAGGUGGGUUCCCGCCACCAAUGCAAGGAGCUGUUAACCCCUGGCCUGGUAUGAUGGACAACUCAAAGCCGUGGGACUACUACCCUAGACGAGACAAAGAGAGGGAGAAAGAACGGGAGCGGGAGAGACCGAGGGAACGAGUCCACGACAGAGAACAUAGUCCCUCCUCUGUGGCUUAUAACAGUGAUGAAGAGCGGUAUCGUUACCGUGAAUACGGGGACAGAGGGUACGAGAGGCAUCGGGAGCGAUCGAGCCGUGAAAAGGAAGAGCGUCAUAGGGAGAGACGACACAGAGAGAAAGAAGAGGGUAGACACAAGUCGUCACGGAGCAGUAGCAGGAGAAGACAUGACAGUGAAGAAGGCGACAGUCACCGGCGCCACAAGCACAAGAAGUCCAAGAGGAGCAAGGAGGGCAAGGAGCCCAGCGAGGAACGUCCUGGUGAUCAGGAGAACCAGGAGACCAUGGAGUAACUUUCCUCUCUGCUCUCUCUCCUUUUCAUCAGAGCUCUUGUCAACCAAAUCAUGCUAAAUGAAACUAUAAUCCAGUUGACCUUCCUUUUGUUACUUAAUGUUCAUGUUCUGUUGUUUUCCAGUCCAGUUGUACCAUGUAGAUGUUGAUUUGUUGGAUUAAAAAAGAGCAUUUUGGUAA